AUGAUUGGUCGUUAUCAAGGACCGAAUUCAUUAACGCGUUCGUCGACGUACGACCGCCGUUGGGGUUGGCGCUCACAUGGCAUAGGCCCGCCGUUGCAGAACCUGGAGUCAAGCCAACGUUGCCGGCCACUUCCUAGGCCCGUCAAUGGGAAAUCAAGGACCAGGCAAAAGGGUCGGUUUGCGAUGUUUUCAUGCAAUUCAGGAUAUAUGCUAAUUGGGCCGAAACACGCCGUUUGCGAAAACGGAGAAUGGGAUGUCGAAUCACCGGUCUGUGCUAAACCUGGUUGUGCGCCACAUGCUAAACCUGAACAUGGGAUGAUUUAUCACACGAAUGACAGAUCAGUUGCAAUGUUAUUUUGUGACCCAGGAUACGAAAUAGAUGGAUUUUCAAUGGCUUAUUGCAAUGGACAAGUUUGGAACGGGACCUUUUCUGAAUGCAAAGGAACUUUCAAAGAACCAGCAUUGUCAUGUGAUUUCGAAUCAGAAGAUAUCUGUGGAUGGACUCAUGAUCCUACUCAUGAUUUUGACUGGAGAAGACAUAACUAUUCAACUCCUAGUAGUUUUGUGGGCACUGGGCCACAACACGAUCAUACAUUAGGAGAAAAUAAAGGAGGGCAUUAUAUGUACAUCGAAAGUUCGUCAAGGAAAGAAAAUCAAACGGCCCGACUGUUUUCACCUUUGUACAGAGGCAGCGAAGUCGAAAGGUGCUUUGUUUUCUACUACCAUAUGUACGGUAGAAGUAUAGGAUCGUUAAAUGUUUAUUUGAAACCAGAAGGUAUAGGUAUAAAAACCCUCAUAGAAAAUGCAGAUGUUUUUAGAAAGUUUGAGAAAUCUUUCAACCAAGGAAACACAUGGCAUAUGGGAUUCUUCUACUUGAAUUCAACAGGGGAAAACUUUCAGAUAGUCAUAGAAGGAGUCAAUGGUCCCAGUUACACUAGUGAUAUUGCUGUUGAUGACGUUGAAAUUUUGGAGGAACCCAUGUGCGCAAAUAUUUCUUCAUUGCAAAUUGUGGAAACCGAAGAAGAAGGUGGUUAUAUCGACGUUCAAUCUUGUGCAAAUCGAUGUGAUACGUAUGGUAACUCUACCACAACAGGACCUUCAAUUCAAGCUUGUGAUUGUACGAUUGAUUGUGAUGAAACACAAUCUUGCUGUUUGGACUAUUUUGAUGUCUGUGUAUUCGACAGUACGCCUGCAACAGAAACGACUGAUGUGAAUGGUGACUUCACAGGUGAAUACACGACUUAUGUACCUCCAGAAACGACACAAAGGACUCAAAUGACUAAUAAACCGACAACUGAAUCAACUACCGCCACACCUACUACUCGAUUAACUACAAAAACUACAGUAUUGACAACUUAUACGACCAAAACAACAACAACUGAAAAGCCAAAAGUAACGACUACAACACCUCGUACUACAAGCACGAGCAAAACUACUAUCAAAAUUUUAAACACUACAUAUCUGCGGACACAGAAACCAACUCGGCCAACAACUAGGCCAACAACUAGGCCAACAACUAGGCCGACAACUAGGCCGACAACCAAACUUACUACUACUGAAAAACCACUUGCAACGACAAAAAUUACCAUGUCGACAACUGCUGCUUCGACAGCUGCUGCUAAAAGAACAACUCCCAAGCGCGAAACUGCAGAAAAAGCGAUUACGGUCGUCGAUCGAGAAUUAGAAGAAAAGCCAAGUGAUGCACUUGAGACAAUGACCGAUUACCUGGAAGACCAAGGAAAUCGAGAAAUUACAGAAUCCAAGCAACAACUUGUAACGGGUUGGAAAGGAAAUAUGCUUCCGACUCUUCUAGCAAUUGGCGGAGUCAUGGCAGCCUGUGGGAUUGCAGCUAUUGCCUUUUGGAGAUUCAGAAGACGUAGUUUUCAAUAUAAAAAUUCAAGCGGUCGAAGCCGACAACAUGCCUGUCGGAGAGGAGGCGAUGAAGAAUUCAGCGAAGUGCGCUAUUUGACAGCAGAUGAACAAUUAGAUUUUAAUUUAGCCUCGCCUGAUGGUGAUUGA